AUGGCGUCGUUGGACAAGCCGAGCCUCUUCUCAUCUCUUUCCCUUGGCGGACGCAAAACACCAAGGUCGUCGAUGGAAUCUCAACCGAUCACACAUCCACUGCUCGGCGCAUCAUCCAGCAGUCUCGUCAACGACCUUCCCGACCAAGGCGAGGAACUGCAGGACAAGUCCCCCGAGACCAGUACCGCUUCUCUCCCUUACACACCUUACAAACCCCGCCAUCGACCUCCACAGGGGGGCAGCACGGUGCCCGCCUCCCCUCCGAUCCAGCCAGCAGCAACGUUGACGACCUCGCCGCCGGCACCUGCCAUCGUUACUGCGGCCCCAACCACUGCCCCAACGACAAGCAUGAGCACCAGUGCAAUGUUUGCUGUCCCUUCCUCUGAGCCGCAGCUCGAUGCGGCUGCGGCCGCUACCGCGACAUCCCGCCUACAGCUGCAGAGCCUCAAGGCAGCGGCUCAACGUAUUGGCCUAGGCAACGGCAGCAUGGGAAUGGGCAUGAUUGACGCCAUCUUUGACAAGGGUGCUCGCGCCCGUGGAGAGGGUGGCGACUGGGCUGACCUUCUAAAGGUUCUCACAAGUGGCAAGGCGGUCAUUCUCCUUCCUUCGUCCCCGGCAAGCUCUCUACCCAUGACUCCGCAGACUCUUCGCGACCACAUCGCAUUCCUCUCAACCCCCAUCCCCAGCAGCGUAGGCAACGUGCCCACCACGCCAGGUGCUAGCACGUCUGUGCUUGUCACGCUCUCGGGCCUCAUAGGCACUUUGCGCAGCACGACAGUGUCGUUUGAGUCGUCAGUGCCGGCAGACUCGCCGCUUAUUGCUGCACUUCGGGACGACGCUCGACGUGUCGGCGUCCUCUCCCGUCUGCGUCCGACGCAGCCUGCCUCGGCUACAUUCCCAAACUACACUCUCUCCGCUGACACGGCUCCGCUGCCGUUCCCGGCACUCGGAAAGGCUGUGCCCGUUGCUGCCUCGGACAAGGCAGUUCCAAAGGAAGUGCCCCGCCGAAUCAACCCCUUUGCAUCAUUCUUCGGCAGUUCACCGAGUUCCUCGACCCCGGUUGCUGGCGGUUCACCGUCGAAAGCUGCCGGGUCGCUGUCGCCAGAACGGCCCAGCUCGCCAUCGCCUGUCCCCGGGUCGUCGAGCGUGUCAUCCCCACGUCCGAGUAUCGUGUCGCUCGAGAUUGACUCGGACUCGGGGGAAGGGUAUUCGGUGCUUGCGUACACCAUCAACAAGCCCGUGCGGUUCAAUGAGGUUCACAAGGCGCUGGUCAAGUCUGUCCGAUCUGGCGUGCGUGCCGACCUCGACGGUCUGCCGGAGCGGGUCAUUGAAAAGGUUUUCAAGCUCGUCGUCGGGGCUGUCUGUCCCGUGUCUGGAGGCGUAGUCGAUCAAGCAUUGCUAAAGAGCCAUCACCACGGGCUCGGUAGCUCAGAAGCAGAUGGCAGCAUCCCACUCGACUUCUCCGACCCGUCAUCUACGGGCGAGCGGUUGCAGGACUUUAUGGAGGCCAUCUACGACGACCUGGUAGCCCACUAUCGGGAUUUGGGAGCGACUGGCGCGGGCGACAAGGAGACACAAGUUGAGCAGGCUGCCAGCGAUGGCACGGAGCGUGUGGAGGGGCUAGUGUGCCGGCUGCUGUACAAUCGGAUCUUCUCACCACUCCAGUCAGAUGACGCACGCCAUGACGAGGCACUGGCUUCGCGUAUCGCUGCGCUAAACCUCCUUGACCUCUCCCUUGACCACCUGGGAUUGAUCACACGGCCGCCAGGCGAGGAACCGAAAGGCGCCGUUGCGAGCGGAUUGAACGCACUAGUUGGCGACAUUGGCUUAGAACUGCAAAAGCUGUCAACCCUACCCUGCUUGACACCCAAGGACAAGGCCGACGUGCUUGUUCGCGCGCACAAGAUUGCAGUUGAUGGCCUGAGUCGCCUUCCUGCUAUCGAGCUCCGACCAGAAGGCGAGGCAUAUGUCCCGCCUGUAGAGGACGAGGAGGCCUCCCCUGUCGACGAUGCGGAACACACGCCCCAACCAUUCGCGAAGCACAGCACAAGUGUGCCCGAGAUACAGCUGUCUAGUGGCGCACUCGACGAGGCGAUGGCGGACAGCGUGCACACUAUCGUGCCGCCUACGAAGGAGCAUGAGGAGAACAAGGAGCGGCCUUUAGAAGAAGCUACCGAUGAGUUCAAGGAAACACCCGCCGAGGUUGCUGUUGAGGACACCGACGAGAGCACAGCUGUCGUCACAGCCCCAAAGCCCUCAACGUCUGGAGCAGACUUGAUCCUCCCACUCAUCAUUUACGCCGUAGUCAAGGCCAACCCCGCCCAACUCGCCUCGCAGCUCAUGUACCUCCGCCGGUACAGGUCGGCCAUCUGCCUCGUCGGCGAGGCGUCCUAUGCCAUCGUCAACCUGACCGCCGUCGUCGAAUUUAUCGAGCAUGUCCACCUUUCCGAGCUCGGCCUCGGUGACUCUUCUGACCGCGUCAUGAGUGUCGAGGACCUCUCCCCUAUCGGCCUCACGUACCUCGACGACGGCAACGCCGACACUGCGUCCAUUGCCUCUGCUUCGACUCGUCUUCGUGGCCGUGUCUUCCAAGUCAGUGAGAUGGCUGGAAGCGCCAACAAGGUGUUCACCGGCGUGGUCGAUUCAUCGUGGAGCGCCCUCCGCGGUUUCAUUGGUACCACUCCGCAGGUCACAGCCACCCCACCAGACGAGGAGCCCCUUGUGGGUCGCCCCAUCACCCGUCCCCGACAGGCCAGUACCUUCUCUCUGGCGUCAGUCACCGCCUCAGUGGCCAACAUUGCCGCAGCAGCGACCACUGCAGCCGCCCGGAACCGCUCUCGCGCAGGAUCACACGGGUCGGACAUGAACUGGUCGGGCGAGAGGGAAUUGGUGGAAGUCGCCGUCUCGCGCCCCUCGUCCAUUCGCGAACGCGGCAUUUAUGACGAGGACAGCGCCUCGGAACCUGGAAGCGAGGACGAGUCUCCCGACUUCAACGUCGGCUCUAUCGCACACGACCAGGACGAGGGCCGGCCGCGCGCUCGCAGUGAUGCGCGGAGCAUCAUGAGCGUGUCUUCCAUGAUGUCGCGGGACCGUGAUCGCGAGCGCGACCAGUCCAAGGCCGAGGGCUCCCUGUCGCGCGAUGGCGCGGGAUCCGCUGGAGGCAGCAAGCGUGACCCCAACGCCAAUUCGAUCGGAAACCGUCUGGCGCAGAUUGGAGCAUUUGGACGCAUUGGAACCACCCCGCCACUUGACAUUGUGACCGGUGCAACCACCCCGCCAGACAAGGAGAAGGGAUUCUUCGCUACUCUCACGCGCCAGCCGCCCCGCCGCCAGGGCACGCUUGGCCUCGGUGAGAAGCGCACCGACUCGCUCAAAUCGCCCACUCCCAGCGUCCAGACUCUUCUGGAGGAAGGCCCCAUGGAGCGGUUCAUGACUUGUGAGGUGGGCGAUAUCCGCAUGGGCGAGGUGGGUACCUUGCUGCGCGACUACCGCCGUCUGGCAGGCUUGCUCGCAAAGGUCCAGACAUCGCCUCCCCCAGGGCACGCUUAA